UUUGGUCGGGAGCUAGCGGUACUGCUACUCGCAUGGGUUCUAUUUACUGUAGCCGGUUAUGUCGGCAAGGUGUGUUUCCAUGAGGCAGUGGAGAAGAAUAUACUUUCUUUCGGACUGAGUGAGAGAGGGACCAAGCAAAGGCCAUGGCCGGGGUAUUCGACAUUGAUUUGGAUCAGGCGGACGAAAAUGUGUCUGAUGACGAACUCGAGGAUGGGGUAAGUAGCCAGCUACUGUACAGUAAUUAGCUAGCUACCCAGCAAAACAUUACUCGCUAGCUAGUUUCCUUUAGCUUGGUAUGAACUAGUUAGCUACUAUCGUUAGCUGCUAGUGAAGAAGGGAGGCGCAAACGAACUUGUCUGCAGUAAAUAAGAUGAUGUUAGCCAGAAGCUUAAGACUGUCUUUGUCAGUAACUUCAACAUAUCAGCUGGUUAGCUCGUCGUGGCAAGCCCGAAAGAAGAACCCACGCUUACAACCGCUACUAGCUAGCUAGUUAACUUAGCGACUAACGUUAGUAAGAAAUAAGAUAGGUAGCUAGCUAACUAAUGUUAUAGUAACUAACGCGUUAUUAUUAGGUAGCGGAACCAAGGGUGGACUUGACAUUGGUGGCUAGCUAAACUAACCAACUGUACCAUAUGGCAUAGGCCUAGCCAUCUGUCUUACAUUUACAUUUACAUUUUAGUCAUUUAGCAGACGCUCUUAUCCAGAGCGAUUUACAGGAGCAAUUAGGGUUGAGUGCCUUGCUCAAGGGCACAUCGACAGAUUUUUCACCUAGUCGGCUCGGGGAUUAGAACCAGCGACCUUUCGGUUACUGGCACAACGCUCUGAACCACUAAGCUACCUGCCGCCCAAUAAACGAUCCAUUCUUAGUUGGAUUGUCAAAACAUACAGUGAGGGGAAAAAGUAUUUGAUCCCCUGCUGAUUUUGUACGUUUGCCCACUGACAAAGACAUGAUCAGUCUAUCAUUUUAAUGGUAGGUUCAUUUGAACAGUGAGAGACAGAAUAACAACAACAAAAUCCAGAAAAACGCAUGUCAAAAAUGUUAUAAAUUGAUUUGCAUUUUAAUGAAGGAAAUAAGUAUUUGACCCCUCUGCAAAACAUGACUUUGCCAACAAGGGUUUUGCCACCAAGUACUAUCACAGAGGUCAGACGUUUCUUGUAGUUGGCCACCAGGGAUUUUGUCCCACUCCUCUUUGCAGAUCUUCUCCAAGUCAUUAAGGUUUCGAGGCUGACGUUUGGCAACUCGAACAUUCAGCUCCCUCCACAGAUUUUCUAUGGGAUUAAGGUCUGGAGACUGGCUAGGCCACUCCAGGACCUUAAUGUGCUUCUUCUUGAGCCACUCCUUUGUUGCCUUGGCCGUGUGUUUUGGGUCAUUGUCAUGCUGGAAUACCCAUCCACGACCCAUUUUCAAUGCCCUGGCUGAGGGAAGGAGGUUCUCACCCAAGAUUUGACGGUACAUGGCCCCGUCCAUCGUCCCUUUGAUGCGGUGAAGUUGUCCUGUCCCCUUAGCAGAAAAACACCCCCAAAGCAUAAUGUUUCCACCUCCAUGUUUGACGGUGGGGAUGGUGUUCUUGGGGUCAUAGGCAGCAUUCCUCCUCCUCCAAACACGGCAAGUUGAGUUGAUGCCAAAGAGCUCGAUUUUGGUCUCAUCUGACCACAACACUUUCACCCAGUUCUCCUCUGAAUCAUUCAGAUGUUCAUUGGCAAACUUCAGACGGGCAUGCAUAUGUGCUUUCUUGAGCAGGGGGACCUUGCGGGCGCUGCAGGAUUUCAGUCCUUCACGGCGUAGUGUGUUACCAAUUGUUUUCUUGGUGACUAUGGGCCCAGCUGCCUUGAGAUCAUUGACAAGAUCCUCUCGUGUAGUUCUGGGCUGAUUCCUCACGGUUCUCAUGAUCAUUGCAACUCCACGAGGUGAGAUCUUGCAUGGAGCCCCAGGCCGAGGGAGAUUGACAGUUAUUUUGUGUUUCUUCCAUUUGCGAAUAAUCACACCAACUGUUGUAACCUUCUCACCAAGCUGCUUGGCGAUUGGUCUUGUAGCCCAUUCCAGCCUUGUGUAGGUCUACAAUCUUGUCCCUGACAUCCUUGGAGAGCUCUUUGGUCUUGGCCAUGGUGGAGAGUUUGGAAUCUGUUUGAUUGAUUGCUUCUGUGGACAGGUGCCUUUUAUACAGGUAACAAGCUGAGAUUAGGAUCACUCCCUUUAAGAGCGUGCUCCUAAUCUCAGCUUGUUACCUGUAUAAAAACACCUGGGAGCCAGAAAUCUUUCUGAUUGAGAGGGGGUCAAAUACUUAUUUCCCUCAUUAAAAUGCAAAUCAAUGUAUAAAAUUUUUGACAUGCGUUUUUCUGGAUUUUGUUGUUGUUAUUCUGUCUCUCACUGUUCAAAUAAACCUACCAUUAAAAUUAUAGACUGAUCAUGUCUUUGUCAGUGGGCAAACGUACAAAUCAGCAGGGGAUCAAAAACUUUUUCCCCUCACUGUAGCUAAAGGAUACAGAUAUUGACAGAUAAGCUAUGAAACCACUUGACCUCUGAUCAGAUUUCGGCAUCGUUGGAUGUGGACAACUGAAACAAGUUGUUCUAGCUACUCUUUCAUACAUAAUUUCUUUGAGUAUCAUUUGCUUUUUUCAGCAGUCUCACAAGACUGUGUGUGUGAUGCAGUCAAAAAAGUCCCUUCUGAAAAGUCACUGGAACAGGUGUAUUUUCGAAGUUGUUUACUGAUGGAGAAAGAUCAGUCCUGUUGUUAAAUUGGUCUAUCUCUUCUUUUUUUUGCCAGACCCAAAUGAGUGAAUCCAUGGAGCAAUGCAGCGGGUUCGAAUUGUGGGUAUUUACAACAUAGGUUCAGCCUGUAUAUUUUAGCACUAACUAAUGUGGCACAGUCACCACAACAUCUUUGACAACAGGGUGCUUCUUUGUCAUGCAAUUCUAUGUGUUUUAAUGUUUGGGCAAAGGUGUCAAUCUAAUUGCCCUGAAGGGAUUAAUGAUAUGUGUAAUCUAAUUUGUCAAUUACAGCAACACCGUUGACCACUUUUAUGAUGUUGUAUGCUUGAUGAACAGAUAAGUCCAGAGGUGAUAGAUUGCUUGUGCAGGACUGUUUUCCCCUACUGCGAAAUUCCAUCUUUAAUCUAACCUUCUGGUUUUGUCAUUCGGGUAGAUUCAACAUUGACUGGCUGCAAUUUGACAUGUAUGAAUUAUGUUUCAAUGGUUGUCUUUAUUUAUUUUCAAGUAACAUGGACGACUGUGAAAAGUUUGAAAUCUCUGAAGACAGCGUCAACAAAGGAACGGAGCAGAUUCGUCCGGAAUGCUUUGAGUUGCUCCGGGUUUUAGGAAAAGGAGGCUAUGGAAAGGUGAGCUAUCCCUGAUCACCUUAUGACUUGUUCAAGUAUUCAUUCACAUGUCUUCUCCUUAGAAUAGAUAGCAUAACUUCACAGAAAUUCAUGUUUUGUCUCUUCCCCCUAUCACAUUCAGGUUUUUCAAGUUCGUAAGGUGUCGGGUGCCACUUCGGGAAAGAUAUUCGCCAUGAAGGUCUUGAAGAAGGUGGGCUGUUUGGAUUAUCAUGACGUUGAGAUACUUAUCUGUUUGGAUUAUCAUGACGUUGAGAUACUUGUCUGUUUGGAUUAUCAUGACGUUGAGAUACUUGUCUGUUUGGAUUAUCAUGACGUUGAGAUACUUGUCUGUUUGGAUUAUCAUGACGUUGAGAUACUUGUCUGUUUGGAUUAUCAUGACGUUGAGAUACUUAUCUGUUUGGAUUAUCAUGACGUUGAGAUACUUGUCUGUUUGGAUUAUCAUGACGUUGAGAUACUUAUCUUUUGUUCUCUCGUCUGUCCCUAAGGAACUGUACACUUAAAUUCUGUGAGAUUUAUUCAAUAAAGAUUUAUUCUCAAAGGAUUUCUAUUGACAUGACGAUGAACCCAGAUUGGACACUGACCCAAGUUGUUACAGUAGUGUACUGAAUACACCUGGGUGAAUUCAUUUAGCCAUGCAGUCAGAAAAGAGGCCGCCUAACCCAUAACAAAAAAACUAAAACAACUUCCCAUGAAACCUCAGGGCUGUUUGUUCUCCCCAGUUUCUUUCCAUCUGUUCUGCAUCCUUUCUGUAAUUGACGACCGCCCGUCUGGUUUGCAUUUUGGCCCCAGAACCCACCAAUUUUUCCCAGAAGCCUUAGAGGUUUCGGUAAUAAUGAUUCUUUUUAUAGUUUUUAUAAGCCAGUAUUUACUGUUGCUACCAUGCAGGCGCUAAGAGCUCUGAUUCCUAUUGUACCUCUGUGGUUGAGGAUGAAGGCUUUUAACCAGCCAACCAGCAGCUAUCAUCACUGCCAAAUAAAACACCAGGGUCCCCCCCUCCCCUCUUUCCCUCAUGUCUUGGAAGCCCAUAUAGCAUUUAUGUACAGGAUUUACCCCAGUGUUUUACCGAAAAGGCUCAGACUUUUCUGUUUCCAUGGGCCAUGGCUCCGGUGGACCUGCUCUCACUUGGGGCCAAAGCAAAGCCCCUGGUACUUUUCAGCUGGUGUUUACAUAACAAUGGCUAACUGAACUUUAACACCUUCUCACAAAGCAACUGUUUUGAUUAUGCAGAGGUUGUUGAUUCUGCUCUUCACAAGUCCUCACUGUCAGCCCUAGCUAUGGAAACACAAUUUCCAUAGUAUAACAUAAGGGUGUAUAUACUCUAGUGUAUACAGACAAGCCCCAGCACUGGUGUUUAACAUGAUGGACUUUACCUGCCAUGUCAGAACCCAUCACUGUGUGCAUGUUGUAAGUGGCUGUGUAGCACGGCAGGCAGCAGAGCCUCACGCUCAUGACCGACUGCUCUGGCUUCUGGCUCUUCCACUGGGCUCAGGCUUUAUCCAACUGAAACAGAUCUAGUAUUGUUCCCAACAGCUGAAAUAGUUAGAAUGUUUUGGAUUUCUUUGAGCAAAAGAUUUGCGCGUGUUCUGGAUCUGAGGGCGACAAUAACAGCAUUAAUGACAUGGCUCAGAGCAGAGGAGUUCCUUUACUUCCUUUCACUGGGCUGGGGAAAAGGGGAGCGCAGAGAAAUAAUCAUCCAAACCAGAUGGCAAAUGAGCAUUUCCUUUAUGUUACUGUUAUGUUUUCAGAGCGUCUCAAACCUGUUGUCCGUUACCUACCAUAGUCUGUCCUGCUUGACAAAGAAUGUACUCGUGUUUUCAAAUGCAUAUCAUACCUCAGUUUCUAUGUGCAAGAAAUGUUUUCAUUUGGAGUGACUAACUUGUUACCAUACUAUUACCAGGUUAUUUCCCCUUUAUUCUCUGCUGUAAAUGUAAAGUGCUACCAUUGUUAUAAUGCUGACAGUUUUUGAAAAUCCAUGCCUUGUUUGAUCCCUCCAGGCCAUGAUAGUGCGUAACGCUAAGGACACAGCUCACACCAAGGCAGAGAGGAACAUCCUGGAGGAGGUGAAGCACCCGUUCAUAGUGGACCUCAUCUAUGCCUUCCAGACAGGGGGCAAGCUGUACCUCAUCCUGGAGUACCUCUCAGGUGAGUGACUGGGGCAUGGUGUGGGCGCCCACACAUCAUACACACACAAACCACACAACACAGCGUAACAUACACAUCAUUCACACACAAUGGCCUAAGUUAAAAUAAAGCUGCAAUAUGUAACUUUUUGGGCAACCUGACCAAAUUCACAUAGAAAUGUGAGUUAUAGAUCUGUUUUUCACAUGGAAAGCAAGUAUAAGAAGCGGUAUUAUAUGUUCUAUGCGCCCUAUUUCUAUGCUUCCGGUUCUUAAGUUUCAUUUUUGCAUAUCUUUUACUUUCGGUUUUGUACACCAGGCUUCAAACAGCUGAAAAUGGUUAUGGAAAAUAUCACAGCGGUUUAGAUGGUACAAUGAUUUUCUACAAUAUACAUGCUUGUUUUUCACAUGAACUGAAAUUAGGCGAACUAUUCGAAUUUUAGCAACCAGGAAAAGGCGGCGCGAUUUCUGCAUAGUGCAUAUUUUAAAUGCUUUAUUUGUGAUUUGCAGGUGGGGAGCUGUUUAUGCAAUUGGAGAGAGAGGGGAUCUUUAUGGAGGACACAGCAUGGUAAGUGAUCUAUCAUGCUGGAGAUGUGUAUCUGUCUGAAGUGUGUAGAAUAGAUAUGAGUGUCUUGAACCUGUAGUCCUCACUCAAAUGUUGUGUCAACAGAUGUGAGAUUUGAUUACAUAGCAUAAGGUCAGUAGGGGUGUGUUUUUGUUUUGGAGCUAUUUUUAGAAGCAGACAAAUGUCAGGAUGUUGGAAGCACAGCACCUUAGGUUUAGAAUGUAGAGGGCAAUGGAAAGCGGAGAAAGGUGAAUCUGAAAGGAUAAAUUUUUCCAAAAUGCUAUUGAUGCUUUACGGAAGGAUUUUUUCCGUCAUACUUCCUGUAACAGUAUAGAUGCAAUAUUUGCUGAGGCAAAGAUCCAGCACACUUUGACUGUACUUGAUGUAAAAUGUCUGUUUUCUGUUCUGCAGCUUCUAUCUGGCAGAGAUUUCCAUGGCUCUGGGACACCUGCAUCAGAAAGGCAUCAUCUACAGAGACCUGAAGCCAGAAAACAUCAUGCUCAACAACAACGGUCACAUCAAGCUCACAGACUUUGGACUGUGUAAAGAAUCAAUCCACGGCGGCACGGUUACUCACACCUUCUGUGGUACCAUAGAAUACAUGUAAGUCACGGUGCUAAUCAUUAAAACAAUGAAAAGUUAAUGUCAGCCUCCUAGUCUGUUGUAAACUUCUUUAUCCACUACUCUUUUGGUAGAAGAAAUGAGUGAGUUUGGUUGCACAUUGUAUAGGCCUUCACAUUCCUCUCCCCUCUGUCACACCAGGGCCCCAGAGAUCCUGAUGAGGAGUGGACACAACCGGGCUGUAGACUGGUGGAGCCUUGGAGCUCUCAUGUAUGACAUGCUGACAGGAGCAGUGAGUACAACUCCUCCAAGAGACACAUAAUGUACUCUGUGUACAAGACUACAUCAUCAUUUAAUUGAUCAAUAUCUUGAUCUUUUUACAUUUUGAUUAUUAUUUAGAUAUUUAACCUCAGGGGGACAUUAUGUCUGUAUUGUUGUGGAACAUACUUUUUUUUGUUACUCAACAGCCACCAUUCACUGGUGAAAACAGGAAGAAGACCAUUGACAAAAUCUUAAAGUGUAAACUGAACUUGCCACCUUACCUCACACAAGAAGCCAGGGACCUUCUCAAAAAGGUAAGCGUUUCACUGUGUUAGAUGUUAAACUGUCCCAGUUUUAAUCAUAUUAGUUUUUGGGUGGCAUUUCAGGUACACUCCAUCUUCUGAUUGUCUAAUGUAACACAAGUCGGGUCAAAUGAAAACAGAUGAGCAGACUAACAUUACCCAUAACUCUCUGUUCCAGCUGCUAAAACGCAACGCCUCGUUACGGCUGGGGGCGGGCCCAGGAGAUGCCUCAGAAAUUCAGGUGAUACAGUUAAAACAUGGGACCUGUUGCAGGAUUAUUACAAUGUUGUUGAAGAAGGUGAAGAGAGCCACCCUCUAAUGUGGCUUUUUUCUCUUGUCUCCAGUCCCACCCAUUCUUCAGGCAUAUUAAAUGGGACGAGCUUCUCGCUCGCAAAGUGGAGCCUCCAUUCAAGCCUUUUCUGGUGAGCCAUCAUUCCUUAUUCAUUGCAUUUCCAUUGUGAAGAGCACCUGUGCUUUCCAAGUCCUCCGUGACCCACAGAGACUAGAGGUUAACAGGUUUCCUUUUUUCCUUCCAUUGCAGCAAUCAGCUGAUGACGUGAGCCAGUUUGACUCCAAGUUCACCAGCCAGACUCCCGUCGACAGCCCUGAUGACUCCACGCUCAGCGAAAGUGCCAAUCAAGUCUUCCUGGUAGGCUGCUUACUGUGCUCAGCCCAUUUGGUUUCGUGUUUGUGUGCAUGUGUGUUUUACUGUGUGCAUGGUUGCACGCACACGGGUAGGCAUAAGCUAGACUGUUUUUGUUCUUUUUUUAUUUUUGACUAAAAAACAUUGUUCUUACGAGAAAUGGUUAAUGCAUUGCAUCUGUUUUUUGUUAUUUAUUUUUUACUGGAAACUGUUGACUGUCUGGCCACAUUGCAUGAUGUAGUUUAAUGAGUGUGUCAUUGCUCAUGUCCUCUGUCCUGUAUUGUAAUGGACCUUGAUGAGCCUGGCUAUAAUCUUCCCUGUGACCUCCUUCCCACAGGGCUUUACGUAUGUAGCCCCCUCCGUGCUUGAAAACCUCAAGGAGAAAUUCCCCUUCGAGCAAAAAGUCCGCUCACCAAGAAGGUUUCUGGGAAGUCCAAGAACACCAGUGAGGUAAGGGCUUUUUGUUUUGUCUCAUGUUCGUCUAGGUUUGUGUAGAACUUUAACAUGAAGUUGUCCUGCCCACCAGUGGUUGAAUCAAGUAUCAUUCUGGUACUCACUUGUACUGGGAUUUAUCCUCACUGUUAAAAUGUCACUAUUCUAACAGUCUGCCAUUGUCAGUACUCAAAUGCACUAUUCUAACCCUGCCCUGUCGCCUCUCCUUCUGUCCCCUCAGCCCAGUGAAGUUUGCUGGGGGGGACUGCUGGCCCCGGGCCCCCACCCAGGCUAGAGUCUCGUCCCUGCUGUCCCCUGGGGCCUCUGGGUCUGGAGACCAGCCCAUGGAGGUUGGUGUGGAGCAGAUGGACGUGAGCUCCAAUGCUGCUGAGGUGUCUGCCCCCCUGCCCAUCAGAAAGCCCUCUGGCAACACCACCACAGGCGGCCCCUUCAAGAAGCAGGCCUACCCCCCGAUGUCCAAACGUCCCGAGCACCUCCGGAUGAAUCUAUGA